AUGACGGUGUUAACUGAGCUAUGCCGUCAGCGCAUGGCAGUGAAAACGUCUGAUCGCCCAGAGCCCCUGCACGCAUCUCGAAUAAAUAGUGUUUCUUCACAAUUUAGUGAUGGGCCCGUUCCCAGCCCCUCAGCCCGGAGCAGCACGUCGUCCUGGUGUGAGGAGCCAGUCCAGUCCAACAUGGACAUCUCCACCGGUCACAUGAUCUUGUCCUACAUGGAAGAUCAUCUGAAAAACAAGAAUCGUCUGGAGAAAGAGUGGGAAGCUCUGUGUGCUUAUCAGGCUGAGCCCAACGCCACCAUCGUCGCACAGCAGGAGGAAAAUAUCCCGAAGAAUCGCUCAUGGGCUGUAGUACCAUAUGAUCAUUCCAGGAUAUGUCUGAAAGUGGAAAAUAGCCACGACAAUUCAGACUACAUCAAUGCUAGCCCCAUUAUGGACCAUGACCCCCGAAACCCAGCAUAUAUUGCCACCCAGGGCCCUCUCACUGCUACUGUUGCUGACUUCUGGCAGAUGGUCUGGGAGAACGGCUGUGUCGUUAUUGUCAUGCUGACACCCCUCACAGAAAACGGAGUUAAACAGUGCUACCACUACUGGCCAGACGAAGGGUCAAACCUCUACCACAUCUACGAGGUAAACCUUGUAUCCGAGCACAUCUGGUGUGAGGAUUUCCUUGUGAGGAGCUUCUACCUGAAGAACCUGCAGACGAACGAGACCCGCACAGUGACACAGUUCCACUUCCUCAGCUGGAAUGAUCAGAGGGUUCCUGCUUCCACAAGAUCACUUCUGGAUUUCCGCAGAAAAGUAAACAAGUGCUACAGGGGUCGCUCUUGUCCAGUAGUUGUUCAUUGCAGUGAUGGUGCAGGACGAAGUGGAACCUACAUUCUAAUUGACAUGGUUCUCAAUAAAAUGGCCAAAGGUGCUAAAGAGAUUGAUAUUGCUGCUACCCUGGAGCACUUGAGGGACCAGAGACCAGGCAUGGUCCAGACAAAGGAGCAGUUUGAGUUUGCUUUGACAGCAGUGGCAGAGGAAGUGAAUGCAAUACUCAAGGCACUUCCCCAGUGA